AUGUUCCACAGAAUCAACAUUCGCCAAGAGGACAUGCAUGCUCAGCGCCUUCUCUGGUACGAUGCUAGCCAGAAUAAAAUAAACACUUACGUAAUGCGAGCCAUGACCUUCGGAAUUAGCUGCGCACCAUUUAUAGCUCACUACGUGCGCAACAAAAACGCCGAACUCCACCAACAUCAAUUCCCAUUAGCCGUGGACGCGAUUCAGCGUGCGCACUACGUCGACGACUUUAUCGACAGUAUGAGCGACGAGGAAAAAGCCAUCGAAAUAACCAACCAAGUCAAAGAGGUUCACGCCAGAGGCGGAUUUGAAAUUUGCAACUGGGCAUCAAAUUCCAGAGAAGUCCUCUCUCAUCUUAAGAACGACGGAGACACCGAAAAUCAGAAGCCAGUGCAGUUUAGGCUACUACGUUAG